AUAGAACACCCACAGUGUUGAACUCUAUUAGACUAUUUCCUACAGACCUUUCAGAUCUCAUUGACCAUGAAGCUAUCAGGUACUUUUCUGCUUUUGGUCAGCCUGGCCUGCUUGUUCCUUUUCACAGAGGCUGUGAGCCACAAGGGCUAUCAGGCUUUGUGCAGCAACUAUGAGAAGAAACCAGCUACAGAUGGAAAAUCCUGCCCAAAGACAGACAAACCAGUGUGUGGCACUGACUGGAAAACUUACCCAAAUCUCUGUGAAUUCUGCAAAGCAGCUAUGGAAGGAAAUGGAAAACUUGGUUUCAAACAUGAAGGGAAGUGUUGAUUCCUUUGACGUUACAAUAAUGGAAGUGUCUUUAGUUUGCUUUUAUUUUAGAAAAUGUCUUCUUUGUUUCCCAGUCUCCACUGCAAUGUAUUUCCUAUCAGUUAUGCACAAAAGGAAGCAGUUUCAAUAAAGUGGU